AUGAGUAACGAUCAAGGUGAAUGUUCACCAUUGGAUCAUUUGGUUAUUAAUACGAUAUUUGAUCUCGAUUUAGCUGUUUCACAAUUUCAUGAACUUGGUUUUACAUUAACACCUCGUGGUUAUCAUUCAUUUGGAUCUAUGAAUAAUCUGAUUAUAUUUGAUAAUCACUAUAUUGAGUUAAUUGGUUUACCGCAAGAUACUGACAAGUUGGGAAGUAUACUGCUCAACAGUCCUACCGGUAUCAAUGCGCUUGUAUUGAGAACAUCAAAUGCAGAUAAUAUUUAUGAAACAUUGACAGACAAGGGUUUUCAAACAGAAAAACCGAUUCUCGGCUCGCGUCCAAUCCAUAUCAAUGGUCAAGAACAACUGGUUAAAUUUCGUGUUGUACAUUUAAGUAAAGGACAAUUUGAUUCCGGACGAAUCUAUUUUUGUGAACAUUAUACACCCGAACUUGUGUGGCGUCAGGAAUGGCAGAAACAUGCGAAUGGUGUACAAAGAAUCAGAGAACUGAUAUGUAUUAGUGAUCAACCAGAAAUCGAAGCUGGCCGAUAUGCACGUGCCAUUGGUACUACUAUAGCGAAUCAAACAACACGUAUUUUUUUGAACGAUUUCUUAAUCAGUAUCAUCAGUUUCAAUGCAUACUACGAACGAUAUGGUCAAUUAGCUUGUGAUUCUGCAGGACGCACAAGUUUCUUCGGAGCAAUUGUUUUUCAAGUUGCACAUCUAGACAUGGUACGCAAGUUUCUCGACUCGAACAAAAACGAUAUGCAACACGUUGAGCAUAGUACGAACCGUUCGCUAGUUCUUUUAUCCAAAUUUAACACGUUAAUUGAGUUCGUUGAAAACCAGUGA